AUGGGGGCGGAGGAGGAUGCACAACCGAAGAAGUGCAGGGGGAAGUCGGGCUUUGGAGUGUCUGCCACGCACCAUCUGCGCCAGUACUUCCACGUACAUGAUGCCCUCAUCCCCCCAACAGCUCCCGGAGGCGGCAUUAUUGUGGCCAUAUCACAGAUGGGGAUGUUGAGGCUCAGAAAGGCCCUCUCUCCAGCCCCCACAGCCAUGGCCUUCACCCCGGAGCCGCUGGAGGACACUUAUUCACGCCCCCAAUUCUGCAAGUGGCCAUGUGAGUGCCCGCCAAACCCACCCCGCUGCCCGCUGGGGGUGAGCCUCAUCACAGACGGCUGUGAGUGCUGUAAGAUGUGUGCUCAGCAGCUUGGGGACAACUGCACGGAGGCUGCCAUCUGUGACCCCCACCGGGGCCUCUACUGCGACUACAGUGGGGACCGCCCGAGGUACGCAAUAGGAGUGUGUGCACAGGUGGUCGGCGUCGGCUGCGUCCUGGACGGGGUGCGCUACAACAAUGGCCAGUCCUUCCAGCCCAACUGCAAGUACAACUGCACGUGCGUGGACGGCGCGGUGGGCUGCACGCCGCUGUGCCUCCGCGCGCGCCCCCCGCGUCUCUGGUGCGGCCGCGCCCGGCGGGUGAGCGUGCCCGGCCGCUGCUGUGACCAGUGGGUGUGCGACGACGACGCCAGGAGGCCGCGCAAGACGGCGCCGCGCCACACGGGCGCCUUCGCGGCCACGGGCGAGGUAGAGCCGUGGCACAAGAACUGCAUAGCCUUCACGAGCCCCUGGAGCCCCUGUUCCACCACCUGCGGCCUGGGGGUCUCCACUCGGAUCUCCAACGUCAAUGUCCGGUGCUGGCCUGAGCAAGAAAGCCGCCUCUGCAACCUGCGGCCGUGUGACGUGGACCUCCGACCCCACAUCAAGGAAGGGAAGAGGUGUUUGGCCGUCUACCAGACAGAGGUGCCUGAGAACUUCACCCUUGCCGGCUGCAGCAGCACACGCUCCUACCGACCCAAGUACUGUGGGGUCUGCAUGGACGACAGGUGCUGCGUCCCCUACAAGUCCAAGACCAUCGACGUCUCCUUCCAGUGUCCCGAUGGGCCUGACUUCUCCCGCCAGGUCCUAUGGAUUCAUGCGUGCUUCUGCAACCUGAGCUGUAGCAAUCCCAACGAUAUCUUUGCUGACUUGGAAUCCUACCCUGACUUCCCAGAAAUUGCCGAUUAG